AUGUAUUCCAAAGCUAUAGUGUUCUUUGCUUUCCUAGCCAUGGCGGUCGCUAUACAGCCCCGAAUCGACUUCCAAAUGCCACCUAUUACGUCGGAUUCAACGGAUACUCCGUUUGAGACUCGUGUAGUUGGAGGUCAACCAGCUACGACGGGACAAUUCCCAUUUAUAGUUUCCCUUCAACUAGUGAACAGGCGUCAAUCUCAGCAUUUCUGCGCUGCAUCCAUCCUGAACGACCUAUGGAUUCUAUCAGCAGCGCAUUGUGCUGACGGAAUUUCUAAAAGCCGUAUUAUUGUAAAGGCUGGUAAAAAGGAUCUUAAAACUAAGGAGGCUACCGAACAAAUAGUAAAAGUAUCGAAAGUGUAUAUACAUGAAAAAUAUAAAGGUGGUGUUGGCCCAAAUGACAUUGCUCUAUUUAAGCUUGCAACUCCAUUGAAGAUGAAUAAGAACGUACAAGCUAUCACGUUAGCCCAACCAAAUAGUAUACCAACUGGAAAUGUAUGGCUUUGUGGAUGGGGUUCUAUCUCGACUACCACUACUCCAAUAAUGCCAGCUAAACUUCAAUAUGCUAUGUUGAAUAUUAUGAAUCUCAAAUCUUGCAACCAAACCGUCAUUAAAAUGACGGGAUCUUCUCCUAUUGAUGAAAAAUCCAAUAUCUGCACUGGAUCACCGGACGGAAAAUCCUCAUGCAGCGGUGAUUCCGGUGGUCCACUAUUUAAAAUUAUUGAUGGAAAACCAGUGCUUGUUGGAAUUGUAUCUUGGGGUAUGAUACCAUGUGGUACUCAAGGUGCACCAUCUGUAUACACAAAAACAUCCAAUUUCAAUAAUUGGAUUGCGCAGAAGAUGCGAAUGCAUCGAAUAUCCGAAAAAUGCGGAACAAGUAUAAAAUGCAGUCUGUUUAUGGGAUUGUUAUUAAACAGUAAAAUGUAUUCCAAAGCUAUCGUGUUCUUUGCUUUCCUAGCCAUGGCGGUCGCCAUGCGGCCCCAAAUUGACAGACAGAUGCCAUCUGUCAAGCCGCAGUUACCUUCGUUUCAGACUCGUGUGGUUGGAGGUACUGAAGCGCCGAGAGGAGUGUACAAAUAUAUUGCUUCCCUUCAACAAAAUAGCUUCCUUUCUCUCCAGCAUUUUUGUGGCGCAUCUAUCCUGAAUGAACAAUGGAUUUUAACAGCAGCACAUUGUGCUGCUGGAAUUUCCGCAAGCAGUAUUACUGUCAAGGUUGGAAAAUUCAAUCUUAAAGUUAAGGAGAAUACCGAACAGACAGCAAAAGUGUCGAAAGUGUACAUACAUGAAAAAUAUAAAGGUGAUGUUGGUGGGAAUGACAUUGCUCUGAUGAAGUUGGAUACUCCAUUGCAGUUCAACGAAUACGUACAACCUAUUGCGUUGCCGAAACCAAAUAGUGAACCAACUGGAGACGUAUGGCUUUGUGGAUGGGGCUCUACCUCGACUUUUAGGUAUCCAAUAAUGCCAUCUACACUUCAACAUGUUAUGAUGCAUAUCAUCGACCGCAAAACUUGCGACGCAACGAUGACUAAAGCGAUGGGAUCUCCUUCUCCUGUUGAUGAAACUAAUAUCUGCACUGGACCAGUAUCGAGCAAACCAAACUCCGCAUGCAGCGGUGAUUCCGGUGGUCCACUAGCUUCCUUUAAGGAAGGAAAAUGGGAGAUUGAUGGAGUUGUAUCUUGGGGUAUGGUACCUUGUGGUAGUCCAGGCAUGCCAUCCGUAUUCGCUAAAGUAUCCCAUUUCGUUGAUUGGAUUGAGAAGAAAAUAUAAAAUUGAUGAUGAUAAUAUCAACGACGUAUGAAUGUAAUAUUGAAUACGGAAUUGUUACACAUUAUUUAAUAUAAAAUAAAUAUUAAU